UGUUCGAAUAGCUAUCGCUCGCGUCCUUCAUUGAGCAUUUUCGAUACUUUUUAUGCGGGAGCGGAUUUUGCUGUGUUUUGGAAUAUAAUUUCAGAUAAUGGGUCAUUGAAUUCUCGGUCGAUCUGUUUUAUGAGUCUGAUUUCAAGCGUGAUGAAUUUCGGAUUUUUUUUUUGUUUUUUUUUGCGACGAAAUCCCCGCAGAGAGAGAGAGAGAGAGAGAGAGAGAGAGAGAGAGAGAGAGAGAGAGAGACGCAUGCUACAACACACACACAAACACACACACGCACUCCAUUAUUGCUUUUUCCUUUUUCUAUUGAUAGCUUACCCGUUGAUUGUCAGAUAAUGCAUAUACAAGUAUUUAUGAAUUACACCUACUGCGUGUGUGUGUGUUUGGCUUUUAUCACCACCUCUCAAUAAUUCCAAGGAAUGCUUAUAAUAAGAAUAGAAAGUGAUCGGUGAUGAAGAUGGAGAUGCCAACGAAUUUCCAGCUGUUGAAUUUUUUUCUUUCUUUCUUUCUUGUUUUCUGUAAAUCUUUAUUUCAAUCUCCGAGUGUGCUGGAUUAACUGGGAUCGAUGAAUAAAUUUUGGAUUCCUAGUUGACAAGUUGGAUGCAUUUGUGCUUAAAAUAUUGUGUGUUGGUUCCUUGGUUUGUGGGGGUGCAUUUGCAAAGUCAAUGAUGAAGGAAGUUUGAGUAUGGAGCAGAAGAGACAGCUAAUCUACGAAGUCUCGGAGUGGCCGGAGGGCGCAUCAGAAAUGUUGCAGGCGUGGAGCCGCCAUGAGAUACUGCAGGUCCUCUGUGUAGAGCUCGGGAAAGAAAGGAAGUACACUGGACUAACAAAGUCGAAACUAAUAGAGAAUCUUCUGAAAAUCGUAUGUGAAAAGAGAUCACAGGAGCCCGGAACUGCAAAUGCUUCCGAAGUGCAGCCUUCAUCAGAAAACGGUGAAAGGACUCCCAAGAGGCAAAGGAAAUCCGAUCACCCAAAUCGCCAGAUUGGUGCUGCAGUCGUUACUCCCGAUGUUGAUUCAGGUAAUAAUACCAUGUGCUGUAAAAACUCAGCUUGCAAGGCCAAAAUGAAUCAUGAUGAUGUCUUCUGUAAGCGGUGUUCGUGCUGCAUUUGUCAUCAGUAUGAUGACAACAAGGACCCCGGCCUGUGGUUGAUUUGCAACUCCGACCCUCCAUUUCGUGGUCUGUCGUGUGGCAUGUCGUGCCAUCUUGAAUGCGCCUUACGACAUGAGAAUUCUGGCAUCUCACAGGAUAGGCAGGAUAAGGGGCUCGAUGGGAGCUUCUGUUGUGUAUCUUGUGGAAAGGUGAAUGAUUUGCUCAGUUCUUGGAGAAAGCAACUGGUAGUGGCAAGGGACACGAGGCGUGUCGACAUACUGUGCUAUAGGCUCUCCUUGAGCCAAAAGAUUCUUGCUGGUACCAAACACUACCAGCACCUAUUCAGAAUCAUUGACGAAGCAGUGGAGAAGCUCGAAGAAGAUGUAGGCCCUCUAACCGGUCUACCCGUGAAGAAGGCUCGAGGCAUUGUGAAUCGGCUCUCAUCAGGCCCAGAAAUUCAGAGGCUUUGUGCCUCUGCAUUGGAGUCUCUGGACUUUAUGCUUUCUAACAGAGUUUCUGAUAUGUCUUCUGGUUGCAAUAUACUUGGCCCGGAGCUUGUCAGGUUCGAAGACAUCCGUGCUUCGUCUCUCAUGGUGAUUCUGAAUUCGGACGAUUCGGAUAUGGGAAACAUCGAUGGAUACACCUUGUGGCAUCGGAAAGCUGAUGAUGCAGACUAUCCUGCAGAGCCUACUUGCAGAUUGUUUAAACCGAACGCAAAGUUCUUGCUUUCCGGUCUAGCUUCUGCGACGCAGUAUGUUCUCAAGGUCGUCGCCCUUGACAUGGACCGGGAGGCGGGCUUCUGUGAGCUCCGGUUUCAGACUCGAGACGAGGCGCCUGAAUCCAAAAUCUUGCAAGUGGAAAGGAGUGAGAGCCCAGUCACCACCAACUGCAGCACUCUGUCUAACCCCUCCUCUGUUGAAGACGAGACGAACAACGUCGUCCCUUGCUGCAACGUCUCGGAUCAGAGCCAGAAGGAGGCGGCGGCAGUGGCUGGGGAUGUGAUCUCUCUGCUGCACGAGGAGUACAGCGGGGCGAAAACCAGCUGCAGCCCGCCCACGUUGGUGAACAACAGCAACAAAAUGGCUGAGGACACGAGCACGGACAACGGGUCCAACACGCCUCCACGGACUGGCCUAGAAUGCGUCCCCUACGUGAACAGCUCGGACGCCGGCCUGCCCAUCACCCCCUGCAAGUUUGAGAACGCGAAAGAUGACGGUGGGAGGGGCAGCCGGCCUAAAUUUGACGCCAGCACGAGAGGUGAGAGGGUGACGGAGCCUCAAGCAGGGAGCUCGUCGAAGAAGAGGAAUGGCGAGAGGAGAGAUGAUAAAUGCAGUGGCAUAGGAGACAAGGACUUGGAGUACUACGUGAAGGUGAUCCGGUGGCUGGAGCGCGAGGGCCACUUGGAGACGGGCUUCCGGCAGAAAUUCCUGACGUGGUACAGCCUGAGGGCGACGCCUCAGGAGGUACGCGUCGUCAAGGUAUUCAUCGACACCUUCGUCGAGGAUCCGGAGUCUCUUGCUGCCCAGCUUGUGGAUUCUUUCUCUGAUAUCGUUUCAAACAAGGCAUGUUUGAGUGCAGUUCCUGCUGGAUUUUGUACCAAGCUUUGGCACUGAGGGAGAGAGAGGAUUUUUUGUUGAUGCUUUAUUCUUUGAAUUUUAGAAAAUUUCUUAGACAUUAUUCUUCUUUGAUACAAGGAGCAUCAUUAAAGUAUUUUGAUAUA